AUGGGUCCUUGGGUUCCCAGCAGGCUGCUCCCGCCUCCUCCUGCCUGUCCCCUGCCAUCUCUCUGGCUCUCAGGUUUCCUGGAGUCGGAGUUAAAGAAGCUUCUGGGAAUGCAGCAAGAGUCCCGCCUCUGGAAGCUAGGUGGCCAAGAGGGCCAAGAGCUGCUGACCUGGCCAGAGAUCACCCUGAAGGAGUGGGGAGGUUCUGGGGUGCAGAGUAGACUGAGGCAUGUUCAUUCACCAAUUUCUGCCCCCCAGUGCCUAUUUUUUGAGGAGAAGGAUGAAAUGGGAAACUGGCCCCGAGUCUUCCCUGCCCAGAUCCCUGGAGCUGGUACACAGGGGUCUAUCUCUUCUUAGGACACAUCUAAGGAGCCGCUGUAGCCAGCGGGUCUGGAGACACAGUGUCCAUGUCUUAGGGUGAGCCCGCCCCGAAUUCUGUCCCACCCAGCCAGUCAGAGCUGGGAUGUUAUUAAUAAAAAUCUGCUUUGACUCUGGCCUCACUUUGGACCCCGCCCCGCAACAAUCUUCAACCCUGGAGCAAACCCAGUCUAUCUGAGGUCUAGAUCCAUCCCGUCUGUGCCCAUGGGGCUGCGAGGGCCGCAGCAGAGCAUCUCAGCAGAGAGGGCAGGAGAUGGUGGGCCUGACCUGGGGCUGGGGAACGACCCAGGGCCCAAAGUGCCAGGGGAACCCUGCUGCCCACAAGCCCUGCCCCUGUUAAGAGGGGUGUCCCUGACUUCCCUCCCUCCCCAAGUUCCCAGGCCAAGCUGUAGCCUCCUAGGGAGGAUCCGGGAAUUCUCCAGCAGGAAGUUCCUGCCCAGCCAGCCCAAGGACAAAGCCAGGAAACAGGCCCUGGGACGGGGGAUCUAUCUCAGGAGGGCCGGGCUGGGUAGGCCAGGGGUCCCUGGCAUCCAAUGUAGCCUAAUCUCAAAAGUAAGGGUAGACUUGGGAAAGGGUGCUUAAUAACAGGCCCUAUGGCCAGCGAAGGCGACUCACACACCUGGCUUCCCAGAGAUCAGAUGGACAGCAGGGCCAGGCCUAGUUUGGACACCAGGAGGUGCCGUUCACCAGAAGGUCCUGCUGGCUUCCCUGUGGGGUCCCUGUUCAUUCCUUUCUGCCUGGGUCCGGGCUGAGACCCUGCAGCCGAUGUAUGAGAAAAAGAGCUCUCUGUCCCCAGCUCUUUUUAACAUGACUGCUAAAACUUGUCUGAUGGUCCUCAUGGGUUCCCACUAUGUCUAUCCUGAGGCCUGUUACAGAGCUGAAGUUCAAUAUCAGAACCUGAUGGCCAUUCUUAUUAAUCCCUGUGAUUGAUAACAACAGCUGUUGGUUGGGUGGCCGGCCCUGGGGCCACAUGCUUGACAUGGGGAGACGGAAACUGUAG